UUGACUUUUAAAAUCGAAAGUUGAAAACUAAACAAUAAAUACGUUUACAAAGUCAGACCAGUAGUUUGUCAGCCACGAAAUUAGCACCAAAAAUAUUAAUUAAUAAGCCCCAGUCUCUAGGAGUUAAAAUAAGCCAGCCACACCAGAUUUCUCAAUAUAAACGAGAAUGCAUUGUGAAAAUAUCUCAUUGGUGUUAUGCUCCACCUUACACAGUGCAAGGUAGGAUCAGGAUUUCUUUGGAAGCCCUUGUAGGAAAUGAAGAUCGAGCACGACCUCCACAUGAUCAAGGGGGAUGGAGACACAAGCUACGCCAGGAACUCUAGUACCCAAAGAAAAGCCAUUCUCGCGACUAAACAUAUGGUUGAGAAGGCCAUGAAAGGAGUAUUCAUGGAACUUAAACCGCAGUCAAUGGUCGUCGCUGACCUAGGCUGCUCCUCUGGUACAAACACACUUCUCUUUAUAUCUGAGAUGAUUGCCAUGAUAAGUGAAGAAAACACAAGCGACAAUAACAUCAGGAAGUGCCCCAUGGAGGUCCAAUUCUUCCUCAAUGACCUACCCAGUAACGAUUUCAACCACAUCUUCAAGUCUCUUGGGCAGUUUGAGCAAUCAAUAGUGCAAGAUUGUGCUCGCAUAGGGCUAAAACCUCCUCCACACUAUGUUGCCGGCGUGCCAGGAUCCUUCUACACCAGGCUCUUUCCUUGCAAUAGCGUCCAUAUAUUUCAUUCAUCCUUCAGCCUUAUGUGGCUCUCUCAGAUCCCAGAGCAUCUUGACAGCACCAUGAACAAAGGCAACAUUUAUAUAGGGGUGACUACACCGCCACUUGUAGCCAAGCUCUAUCUUGAUCAGUUCGAGAAGGACUUCUCUCGGUUCCUUCAGUUCAGGUGCAUAGAGCUUGUGUCUGGUGGCCAGAUGGUGUUGACAUUUCUUGGAAGGAAAAGCAAUGACGUGGUUCAUGGGGGUGGGAUGAUGAACAUUUCCAUCGAGUUGCUUUCACAGGCAGUGCAAACUCUUGUAGCAGAGGGUCGUGUGGAGAAGGAGAAGUUGGACUCUUUCAACCUGCCAUUUUAUGGCCCUUCUGUGGAUGAACUGAAGCAGCUAGUACAACAAAGCGAGCUGCUCGACAUCAUUGACAUCCAGGCCUUUGAACUGACUUUUGAUCCCAUAGACAAAUCAGAGCUGAAGGAAGGCAUCACCACCGCACCAGCGAUACAAGACAAUGUUCAUGAGGCCACCGGCCAUAACAUCGCUGCGGGUUUAAGAGCGGUGAUGGAGCCGCUAUUUGCAAGCCAUUUCGGGGAAUCCAUAAUCGACGAUCUCUUCACGUUGUUUGCAUGUAAUGUCAUCAGACAUCUUGCGAGUGCAGAGGAGAUGAGUAGUGUGACAGCCAUUUCAUUGUCAUUACAGGCAAAGGUGGCAAGGUGAUAGCUCAUUGGGUAUCAUACCCAUCUUUUCUAUAUAGUUGCAACCCAUGCAAUUGCUACUACAAAGGAGCUACCACAUUGAGCCAAGUCAUCAUCAAUUUGUCACCCAUUAGAUUUCAUCAUGACGUUGAGCAGUUCAUUUCAGAUGACAUUACUCAUUUAUUUGCUACCCACAUGUACUUACCACGUUUGUCGAGAAGUAAGCACACCCUUUAGUGUGGUCCCAAAUUUCAAUAGAAAUAAUAUUCUACUUGACAUAUUUCUACAUAUACAACUAUGAAAACGAUUUAUCUAUACUAACAAACUUCACAGAAAAAUAUUAUUUUAAA